AUGAAAUUUUUCUUCAUCAUAGCUGCCUUGGCAGUGCUAGUCACAGCAUCCCCGACGGAAAAGAAACGACCAACACGGUCUUUGUUUACACCGAAUGAAAUCGAUCUGAUUGGUUCCGAGAAGAUUUCCAAGCGGUCAGCAGAAGACAGAAACAAGAGGUCUUUAUAUAAUGAUAUUGAACAUGGCCUCACUGGAGUGGAGAAAAUUUCCAAGAGAUCUUUAUACACUCAAAACGACGUGGACUUGACUGGAAUGGAGAGGAUCUCAAAAAGAUCAGCUGAUGGAGAUGUGGAUGUUACCAUCUUUGCUAAUCCAAGAGUUAGAAGAGCGGCAGCGGCUCCAGAGGCAGAUAUGGAGGUAGCAGAAACUCACGCUUUCCUUCCGGCAUUCGCAAGAAGAGGCUUUCGAGGAAAGAGAUCUGCUAGCGAAUUAGAAGAUGCUGAUAUGGACGUAGCUGAAACCCAUGCUUUUUUACCGGCGUUUGCUAGGAAAGGAUUUAGGAGGACCAGAAGAUCUGCUGAUAUGGAGAAAGAUGACAUGGAUGUAGCGGCGACCAAUGCGUUUUUGCCAGGUUUUGCUUUUAGAAGAGGAUACUAG